AAUGUUUUCAUUGCGAUACGCACUCUGCAUGCACUAGGCGAGCCUAGCCACCGCAGUGCUCUACUACAGAUCUAUGCUAUUUACUAAACAAAGAACUCCGAAACAGACUGGACAUGGAACUGUUGUAGCUGUCGAAAACUGUGAAACUUGUUGCCAGUGAAACUCAAGGCAACGCAUGCCAGGAAUGUCCAGCACUUGACAGCGACUGUUCUGUUGCAAGGCUAUACUACGGAACAUGAAUGAUAUUGGCAUCGUUUCCUUGCAAUAAAUUGUUCGUUCAUUUUUCUACUUGGCUGUUUUUAUUGCAGCUUAUCUGUCUUGGAAUUUACCUAUUUUGAAGUCUGGAGUUAUGAUUCCUGCUUGGUCAUCCAAGGAUUUUAGCGUUGAUUUUGUCGAGAUCCUGCAACAGAAUUCAUCAUUGCUCAGGUUGAUGAUUCAAGAAUCCAUUCCAGAAAUGAUGCUCAGCCUAAGGUUUCUAACGUCGAAAUUCCGCGCACAGACACUGAAUGAAGUUCAGCCAUUCGAUCCUGUAUUAUGCAAGAUUUCAGGAGAAGAAAUUGAGAACACAGAUUCGGAAGAGGAAAAUCUAGAAGUAGAACAGUUGUUUCGAGAAAGAAGACUGUGUAACGGAACAAUGGGUCAGGUUCCGGGUCCUCUCCAUAUUCAGUUCCCAUCUCUUGCCACAAAACCAAGACCCCUGGAAGAUACAUGUAACUCCUCGGAGAACAUUCUCUUGUCAACAUCAGAAAGGAAUAGCUCAGAAGAAGAACUUGCUUGUAUGGACAGACCAGUGCCUGAGAAGAGAAAGUGGUCACAGAUGAACCAGUGGAAUAGGAACAGCGAUGUUUCGAGUUCUAGUGAUGAGGAAGUCAAAGAUCUCUUCACAAAGACUGCAUCACCUUUGCAAUUCAGCACCUCACCUCCAAAGCAUCUCUAUAAACUAUCUCCAAAGAGGAUAGACAGUAAAACUCAUUUCAUGGCCAAUAUCAUUAGUCCAUCGUCAGGGGACUCUUGCUCACCUAGGAAAAGACACAGACAUAGUCAUCAUGAUACCACAUUGCAGAGUGGCAGAAGGAUAGACUUUGAAAAAAUGCAACAGAAAAUGUUCACAAAGAGACACACGCUUCAUGGGCAUGGAUUAAAAUCAGCAAAGCUAGUUCGUAUUAAGACCAUUGCACUAAACAACAGAGUACCACCUAGGCUGCUGAGCGACCCAAACAUCUGCUCUUUCCGCUCAAUCUGUAUCAAUCCAAUGACACCCGUAGAGGAUCCAUCACUAGCUGCUUACUGAGAUCUAACACUCCUAGAACUCUCCUAGAGAUUGGCGUUGUGGUGUUACCUUUUGGUGUUAAUCCUAACACCAACAGAUGAAGUACAAGCAGUGCUAACAGUUGGAUAGUUUUUGAGGCAAGACCAUUAGAUUUGGAACUAUACCUAGUGGAACGAGGUAGUUAUUCUUCUUUCUUGGUACUCCCGAUUGGGUGUCGGCCUCACCAACGCUAGCACUUGAAUCGAACUAGAAAGCACCCAACCUAUUGACUUGUACGAACGCAGAGCGGCAAUGAGAUUGUUGGGCCAUGUUAUGAUGGAUGGGCAAACUAACCUUGUAGCUUUCACUAACAAGUGCACUCACACAACAUCGGCAGAACCUGACAUGAUGACAACAUUCUACUAAACCACACUUAGAGGGCGCUGUUUGAUCACUUAUGCGUAUCUACCUGGAGAUGCUGUAGCAAGCUUGAGAAAACACCACAGAAGGAAAGCUUUCAAUGGCAGCUUACAGAAAGGACACUGGAUGGGUAUCUAAUGCCAGUAGCUGACAAGGAUGGCUUGACCGGAGGGAUUUUCUACCGGGAUGAUUUGCAAAGGACGUCAUCAUCGGGAGAUGAAAGGAUCUUAUGCCAGAGGCCUUGUCAUGAAGGAUGUUGUCUCUUUGGAGAUCAACCCUGUAGAUAAUCCUUGGGACUGAUUGCUUCUGAAGCCAGAGAAGGAAGGCUAUGUUGAGAGCUCAGUGAUUGCAGCUGACAUCACCGGAUUAAGCUGUACAUCGAAGGCUCCUUUCUUGAGUACUCAUCAAACCAUAACAUGCUUAGAUGCCUUGGAUCUCUCAGCCAAACACGCUUUUCUAGGUACAGGUGCAUCUCUUUUUCUUAGCAGAGAAGGAAUGUAGUAGACAUACUCGAUGUCAAAUCUUGAACUACCUCUUUUUAUCUGUCUAACAAAUUCAUGUAUUCUUAAUGGGUGGUGCACGCAGCAUGGAAAAGCGAUAUUAGAUGAACUUUUUUUUUUAAAUGCUAGUGUUUACACUUAUUUGACUUUGUUAGAUUUUCUCUUUGUGUCGGUAACAAACUUUCACAGAGACUCUCAGGUACUAAAUUUGAUUUCAUCUUCUUGAGUCCAGUAGGGUGUUAAUUCUUUCUGUAAAGUGAAAUAUAUGUUAACACCCUACUGGCUCUUAGCAGAUGAUUUAUGGUAACAGAGUUAGCAGUUCUUCCAUUGUAUUGAUACACACGAACAAUAACCGCAACACAGCAAAUGGAACUGAUAUAACUAUGUUUAGAUAAGAUGGAAGAUGUUCAAGCAUGUAUGAUUCAUGAUACUUCAGUUGUAAGGACUGUUUAAACCCUUAAAAGCACAUCGAUCUCCACUUUCGGAAAAGAGUACAAAUUUUGGUAUUUGGGGUUGUAUUUGCAAAACAAAUCUUUAUAUUAAUCCUUGGUCUAUAGAUGAAUAUGAAUAAUCAUACCAAGUUUGUAAUAAGUACACAAGUAUCAGUACGUGUAUGAUAAACUUCUUAUUUGCCAUUGUGGUAAAAACAGAGCUUGACACAACCAGGGAUGAAGUGCACAAACACACAGACCCCCACAAUUUGGUUCUGGACCCAUAAGCUUUGUGCUUGUGUCCAGGCAACGCUACAUGUACAUGUACAUCAGAAUAAUAAUAUGCAUUUUCGUGAAAAUAUUAUUGAUAAAUUAUAACAACUUUGAAUGUAUGUUAUGUUGAUUUCAAAUCAUCUUAAAGCUGCGGUUUAAAUCAGACCUGGAUUGGCAGGGGAAGGUGCAUUUACUAUUAACAAAAACGAUGUUAUUCAGUUCCAUUUGCUGUACAAAGUAAUCUGAAUUGUACUUUUUCUAAGGCUAUGAUGGCUUUUUGACUAAUAAAUUUUUGGUUUCAAAUUCAUAAAUAUUGGAUGAGAAGGAAAUUUGAGAUAACUGAAUUUGACAAACCUCUUUUUUCCAGUUUGGGUUAUAUUUUAAAAGGGUUUCACUUCUUUUCAUAUUUUAUUUUGCAUCAUCAUGAGAGAUAUUUGACAUUGUACAGCCUAACACAAAUUGAUUAUAGAAUUGUGUCAGUGUCGAAAUAAUAUAAUCCACUCCUGAAAAUGUUAUGUUAGGUUUUCAUUAUCAGUGCCAUAGGAGUCAUUUUGAUUUGUUGGAGGGAAGCAGUGUGAAAAUGGAAGGGUAUUUGCAACAUUUGCUCACUCUUAUUUUUUUAAUCCUCUCCAGAGUUACUUUUCAUUUCCAUUAUUUUUGACAAUUGAUUGCAAAGAUGUACAUGACUCAUGAUAUGAAUUGCAAUGAGGCUGAUAAAACUCUUUAUAUGCAGAUGCAAGUUUUAUGAUAGUGCAAGCUCAAGGACCAACUUUGAUUUGUUGAAAUUCGGUAGCAUUUUUUUCUAUUCCUUCUCGUAUGUUUUCUUUUUCUAUAAUUUAGUCAAAGAGACAACAUUUGAAACAUUCAUUUGUUUAUUUAUGCAUUCGCAGUGCAUCACAAAUAUGAUAUUUUAUCAACUUUAAUUUUUUUUAAAUAUCACUAUCGGUCAUUUGAUUAUGUUUAUGUUUGAAUGAAGACUGGCCAAUUAUUAAUCCAUGUAUCUCACGAAAGAUUAGUGAUACACAUGUAUUGCUCUAUCAACCUAUGAUGUGUUUAGUAUGUAUUGCAGUAUUCCUUCUGUAUGUGUCUAUUGUUCUUAUUUCAAAUGAACAUGUUAACAUGUUGUGCAGCUGUUAGGGAUAAUAUCUGUUCAAGGAUUGUACAUUUUAAUGACUUCAUAGUUCCACAUAGUAAAGAAUUAUGAUGUGGGUUAAGUAUUACUUUGCAUACAUCUACAAUUCAUGUAUUUGCAUAUUUGCAUUUUUUUUUCAUAAAGUAAAUUUCACUUAUCUUGAAUUCAUUGUUUUUUUAAUUCAGGAUUUAUUGCGAUAUCUGUUACGAACGUAUAAUGUGAGAAGAGUAUAUACUUUGAUGAUUCAAUGCAUUUAUAUAUAUUAUAAAGAUAUUUCAAACAAAUUCAUAUAUAUUGAUUCAUUACAAAGUGUUUGUUUUUAACAUGUUGUACAAAUAUGUUUCUUAUUAACAGAAUCACUCUGCAUAUUCUAUAUCUAAACUCCAUUUUAGCAUCAAAGAAACUAAUUGGAUUCAGAGUUUGCCGUGCUUGUACAAAAGUUCGAAUAAUUCAUUUUUUAUUUUAUUUAUAAAUAAAUACCUGGAGCAAAGUUAGGUACUUAUAGCUUAAGAGCUUAAGAGGUCUGUUGAUGAAAACACUGUGCAGGCAAUAUUUGAUUUGCCAUUUACUCCUAGAGAUUAUAAAUCUUCUGCCAAAGACAAUUCUUAGUGAGCUCUUCUCCAAUAAAUCAGAUUGUUGUAAUUGAAUGGCAGAACUUAGCAGUAUGACUUGAUAUCGAUUUGCAUACUCAAAGUUGCAAGAGAUAACGUGAUUAUUAUAUAUUAUGAUGUUGAUUUAAAGAAGACAUAUAUUGAGCUGGUAUGAAAUGGUAUUAGCCAUAUUUUUUGCUCGUUUAUGAUAUAUCAUUGACAAAAUGAAAGCAUAUAUUUUAUUUGUAUUUCCUUCAUGCUGUUUGCUAUGCAUGAAUACAAUGUGGGUGAAUCUACUCUCAGCGUACGUACGGCAAAAGGAGGUGGCUUUCUAAAACAUUUUUUUUUAUUGAAAGAUCUUGAUGUAAUUUUUUCCUUCUUCAGAAUUGUUCCUUUCUUUUUACAAGAUGAAAAUAUUUCAUGAUUGAUAUUGUUGACAGAGGAUUAGUGAACAAAACAAUUUAUAGUGCCUGGUUUUGUGACGAAGAGAAAGAGAGCAUGCGCGUAAGAGAUUUGAGGGAAAUGAGUGAGUGAGAGAGAAAGGAGAAAAUGUAAUGUUGAAAACGGUCAUGGUUUUAUUGGCGAAGAUGACUUGAUUGAUACUUGCUUCAUAUGUAUUUCAGGUAUAAAAAAAAAGUUUUAUAUGGUACUGUGAUGUAAUUUGUAGUCAUUUUAGUGAUGGUCACUGGUAUUUUGGGUACAGUGAUCCAUCAUUAUAUCUACCUAUUUUUCCAGAUAUGCUUUGAACUGUGACAGAUGUCACUAAUAAAGACAAAAGUAUUUAAAGAAA